CGAGCACAAGGCGUGUCCUCUGUGGGCGGAGCCACGUCCCCCAACAGGAAUGAACUGAAGAGUCUGAGCCCAGCGCUUCACACCUGCCACAGCCCGAGUGAGACGCACACCUGAGACACACACAGCUUCACCAGCAGCACGAUGAGUGAAUCAGCCGAGGCUCUGGCCGCCAGCCAGAAGAGCAGAAGAAACAUCACCAUCGAGAUCACCAACCUCACCAACAACUACUGCCUCCUGGACCCCAGUGUUUACCUGGAGAGUGGCCACGUCCACAGCCCCCCCCAGCCCACCGUGCGCCCACUGAAGACUGAACUCUGCAACUUCACCAAGUCCAGCGGCAAGGCCUCCGGGGCCGUGGGCGUGCUGACCUACGACCUGUUUGAGCGGCACAAGAAUUCCCCGCCAAACAAAGUCGCCAUCAUGUUUUCUGUGCCCUACGACUACGCCUACUACAAGAACUGGGUGGCAGUGGGAAUCUUCCCACAUGGCAAAGAGGUCAAUGAGGCUCUGUACAAAGAGAUGUAUUACAACAAAGAAGAGGGAUUCAAGCGGAUGGAGGGCACCGGCAGCGGCCUCACGUUCGAGGGCCCGAACCUGGACAUCAAGGUGACCAUGUCCCCGAUGGGCAAAGCCAUCAUGAAGGUGGAGGUGUGGGACAAGCUCUUCUCAGCUCCGAUGACUCAACAGCACUGAGCUGGUGAUUCAGGUUUUCUCAGAGUAAUCCAGUUUGACACACCGGCGUGUUAGACGUGUUCAACCCUCUGGUUCACGUGUGAUCCUGUUCCAUCUGUUCAUGCAAUAAAUCCACAGCGAGUCUGAUGAUGUAA